CUUGGAAAGAGAAACAAAAUGCAAGGUGGGCUUCUUCUCCGGCGAUAGUUGAAAUAUGGGGAUAUGAGAAUAGAGUUUUGUUGCCACUAGCCAACCACACAAAGGCAAAGAGAUAUAAGAAGAGACCAACAAGUUUUACUUCACAGAUUCUCAUGGCGGCUUCCAAAUCCAAACAAUCACUUCCCCAUUUCGUUCUCUUUCCUCUUAUGGCUCAAGGCCAUCUAAUCCCCAUGGCCGAUCUCGCCAUGCUUCUAUCUCAAAAUGGUGUAAAAAUCACUUUCAUCACAACCCCACAAAACGCUUCUCGAAUUCACUCCCUUCUCUCUCAGUCUCCUUUUAUCCAAAUUCUUCAACUCCCAUUCCCAUCCACUCAACCAGACAUUCCCCAGGGCUGCGAGAAUUUCGAUUCUUUGCCUUCACUUCACUUGGUCCCUAAAUUCUUAACCGCAACUUCCCCCCUCUGUCGCGAAACAGAGCAUUUAUUUCUCCAAUUGUCUCCCAAACCAUGCUGUAUUGUCUCCGACAUGGCCUUGCCUUGGACAAUUCAACUUGCCGACAAGUUUAAUGUUCCUAGGCUUGUUUUCUACAGCUUGUCUGCUUUGUAUCUUCUGUCUAUGGCUAAUUUACGAGCCACAGAUUUUGGGCAGACAAUCAUGGCUGCAGCUGACUCUGAGCUAAUUAUUAUCCCUAAUUUGCCUGAACCAAUUCAAGUCACCAAGUCUCAACUUAUCUUCACUUUGGAUCCUGUGUUCUUGGAGUGGGGGAAUCAAAUGGCUAAAGCUGACCGUGCUUCUUAUGGGUUCAUUGUGAAUUCAUUCGAUGGGUUGGAGCCAAAAUACCUGGAGGAGUUGAAGAAGUCAAUAGGAUCAGACAAAGUUUGGUGUAUUGGGCCCGUUUCACUAUGCAACAAAGACACAACUGACAAAGCGAAAAGAGGCAACAAAGCCGCCAUUGACGAACAACGAUGCAUCGAGUGGUUGGACAGGCGUGAGCCAGAGUCAGUCGUAUACGCCGCAUUAGGCAGCUUAUGCAACGUAGUAGCAGCGCAAAUCAUAGAGCUGGGGCUGGCACUAGAGGCAUCCAACAGGCCAUUUAUUUGGACCAUAAGACAAACCAAAUCAACAGAAAAGCAAGUAGAAAAUUGGCUGGCAGAGUCGGGGUUUGAACAGAGGAUCAAAGAUAGAGGCCUUGUGGUCCGCGGUUGGGCUCCCCAAGUGCUGAUAUUAUCACAUCCUGCAGUCGGUGGCUUUGUGACACAUUGCGGUUGGAACUCGACCAUCGAAGGGAUCUCGGCUGGAGUGCCGAUGGUGGCGUGGCCACUGUUCGCCGACCAGAUAUUCAACCAGAAGUUGAUUGUUGGAGUGCUGAAAAUUGGAGUGAGUGUGGGAGUGGAGAAGUGUUCUAGGUGGGGAGUUGAGGAAGAAAUUGGGGUGCAAGUGAAAAUGGAAGCCAUUAGAGAUGCAGUUCAGAAGGUGAUGAGUGGAGAAGGGCAGGAGAUGAGAAGAAGAGUGAGGGAAUUAGCUGUAACAGCAAAGACCGCCAUGGAAGAAGGAGGUUCUUCUCAUCUCAAUUUGAAGCUGUUGAUUGAAGAUAUUAUACAUCAGGCAGAUUCUCAGCAGCUCCAAAGUUAGGUUUUUUUUUUUUUUUUUUUUUUCCUUCCCAAAAUUAUAUAUAUAUAGUUAGCCAGUAAACUUAACCUCAGAUCUCAACGUUAAUAAUAUAUAUUUUAUGUGAACUAAAGUGUUAAAAUUUUAUUACAAUAUACUAUAAGGGUUGUUCAAGGCUUCCAUUUGUGCAAAAGUAA